GAGUUUAAACGGAGAGUUACUCACGUGACCGAGAUCUCACAUGACGUAGGCGCUCACGUGACCAUUCGCUUACGUGAGCAGAAGUAGUUCGGUCGUCGUCUACCGUCUCGCUAUAACCGUUUGAGGGCAGGAGGAACAUCGUCCGGCAUCGUUAGAGCUACACUGAAAUUGCAUUGAUCCGAGCUUGCCACCAAGAGCCUAACAGUCACCAUGAUGCUGAGCACGGAAGGCAGAGAAGGUUUCGUGGUGAAGGUCAGGGGCCUACCCUGGUCCUGCUCUGCUGAUGAAGUGAUGCGCUUCUUCUCUGAUUGCAAAAUCCAAAAUGGCACAUCAGGUAUUCGUUUCAUCUACACCAGAGAAGGCAGACCAAGUGGUGAAGCAUUUGUCGAACUUGAAUCUGAAGAUGAAGUGAAAUUGGCUUUGAAGAAGGACAGAGAAACCAUGGGACACAGAUAUGUUGAAGUAUUCAAGUCCAACAGUGUUGAAAUGGACUGGGUGUUGAAGCAUACAGGUCCGAAUAGUCCUGAUACUGCCAAUGAUGGCUUCGUCCGCCUUAGAGGACUCCCAUUUGGCUGUAGCAAGGAGGAGAUUGUUCAGUUUUUUUCAGGGUUGGAAAUCGUGCCAAAUGGGAUGACACUGCCUGUGGACUUUCAAGGGCGGAGCACAGGGGAGGCCUUUGUGCAAUUUGCUUCACAGGAGAUAGCUGAAAAGGCCUUAAAGAAGCACAAGGAAAGAAUAGGCCACAGGUACAUUGAAAUCUUUAAGAGUAGCCGAGCUGAAGUCCGAACCCAUUAUGACCCCCCUCGAAAGCUCAUGGCUAUGCAGCGACCUGGUCCUUAUGAUAGGCCAGGGACUGGCAGAGGUUACAAUAGCAUUGGCAGAGGGGCUGGGUUUGAAAGGAUGAGGCGGGGUGCCUAUGGUGGAGGGUAUGGAGGCUAUGAUGAUUAUGGUGGCUAUAAUGAUGGGUAUGGCUUUGGGUCUGAUAGAUUUGGAAGAGACCUCAAUUACUGUUUUUCAGGAAUGUCUGAUCAUAGAUAUGGAGAUGGUGGGUCCAGUUUCCAGAGCACCACAGGGCACUGUGUACACAUGAGGGGAUUACCUUACAGAGCCACUGAGAAUGAUAUUUACAAUUUUUUCUCACCUCUUAACCCCAUGAGAGUACACAUUGAAAUUGGACCCGAUGGCAGAGUUACUGGUGAGGCAGAUGUUGAAUUUGCUACUCAUGAAGAUGCUGUGGCAGCUAUGGCAAAAGACAAGGCUAAUAUGCAACACAGAUAUGUGGAGCUCUUCUUGAAUUCUACUGCAGGAACAAGUGGGGGCGCUUAUGAUCACAGCUAUGUAGAACUCUUUUUGAAUUCUACAGCAGGGGCAAGUAGCGGUGCUUAUGGUAGCCAAAUGAUGGGAGGGAUGGGCUUAUCCAACCAGUCUAGUUAUGGGGGUCCUGCUAGCCAGCAGCUGAGUGGUGGUUACGGAGGUGGUUAUGGUGGUCAGAGCAGUAUGAGUGGAUAUGACCAAGUGCUGCAGGAAAACUCAAGUGACUAUCAGUCAAACCUUGCAUAGGUAGAGAAGGAGCAUUAAACAGCUACUACAGCAAUGAAAGCUGUGCAUUUAUGGGAUUGAAUAGAAUGGGAGGGCUGUCUAGCAUAUCCAAUAUGGUUAAUGGGAAAUAGAUUCUGAUUACUCUAGGUCAACUUUUCUUUCUCUUUCUUUCUCUUUU